GAGAGAGCAAGAGAUGGGACCAUGUAAAGGCACUUCCAACAGAUCUCCUCUCAUCCUCCCUCUCUUCUUCCUUCCUUCCUCUCCUCCUCCUCGUGCUGCUCUGCCAGUAAAGCCUGUUCCUGCUCACCUUGGCCAGGCUGAUGUGGGAUGCAAGCAGCUCCAUGUGAAUGCCUUUUCGCUCUUUAAAGAGCAGCUGUACGGCUGCCGUGGCUAUCAGGAUCAGGGAGUGAUCUCCUUUUCUACUCGUUCCUCUCCUCCACGCUCCCCUCAGUCCUCGUGCCUGCCUGUUUGUGUUAUUUCUCACCAGCAGACACUCCGCUACCCCACACACCCCUCUCCAGAGGGCAGACUGUGGGUUGCGUUCCCUCUUCUCCUCGGCUGGGCUGUGUGGGGUUCGGAGUCAGAGCGCUGAGAGAUGUAUUCCCUCUGAAACCCGGAGUGAGGAGGGGCAGGAAGUAACUCAGCAGCCGUAGAGGCAGCAUCGGCGUCGGCAGCGGUGGCCACAGUGAGCGUGUGAGAGAGAGAUUAGAGUAGUGGAGCGCUGAGCUGAGCUGUGCCAUAGCGUGUUCUGUCUGGCUCCGUGCGCUCUGGUGAGGCAGGGGCGUCCAGGAGGGGAGACAUGUGGCUCAGCCCAAAGCCUCAGGACCAGGACCAGUGAAGAGCAGCCCUCAGCAGCCUCUAGCAGUAUGGCAGAGCCAGAGACCCACUGAUGAUUCCAGCCUGACUGAUGCCAGCCCACGUGUGGGUUACCAUGCGCCACAGCCGCGCCGCACCAGAGGGAAACAUAGCCAUGUGAAAGUGGACUCGGUCGAGGAGCAACUCUUGGACAUGUUUUCCAGGGAAAAGUUUGUAUUUUUCUCAAUUUUUGAACUUGUUUUGUUUCUCUUGGUGCUGUUUGGCGGACCCGAGCUCAGCCACCAGGCAAGGACUAAAGCCAGAUGGAACAAGGGGGGAUCCCGUCUGCGCCAGGAGGACUCCCCACCCCGGAUCGUAGAGCACCCCUCUGACCUGAUCGUGUCCAAGGGGGAGCCCGCCACCCUCAACUGCAAGGCGGAGGGGCGGCCCAGCCCCACGGUGGAGUGGUACAAGGACGGGGAGCGUGUGGAAACGGACAAAGAUGACCCGCGGUCUCACCGCAUGCUCCUCCCCAGUGGCUCCCUCUUCUUCCUACGUAUCGUCCACGGACGACGCUCCAAACCGGAUGAGGGCUCCUACGUCUGCGUCGCCCGCAACUACCUGGGAGAAGCUGUCAGCCGCAAUGCAUCCCUGGAAGUAGCAUGUAAGUCAACAAUUACAUACAUUACAUGUUCAUAUUUUUCUCAGUCGUCCUCUUAGGUUCUUUAUGUUGCUCUCCAUGUUUUUGCGGGUUGAAUGAUUUUCCAUACCAACCGUACUGAUGAAAAAGGCCGACUCAAGGGGUUGUUUGUCCUUUGCUCUCCAGAAGGAAUGACUGAGUUUACGUAUAAAGCCUCAAGACAGGCCGAGACAUUAAACAUAUUUUUAUUGGACAUUGUGGUUUCUUCCAACAUCUAAUAAUGUCAUUAUUUACAAUACAAUUUGAGUCUUCGUGAACUACAGGUAAUUUCACUGUGUUUGUUCUGAAAGGGAAUUCAAUCAGAGAACUUUUAAUAGACAUUUUAAACUGGGUGGUUCGAGCCCUGAAUCCUGAUUUGGCUGAAAGCUGUUGUACAGUAUAUCAAACCAUAUACGAUGGGUAUGACAAAAUAUGUUGAUGAUGACAGAUGAUUACACAGCAUUGUGUUGUAUUUUGAGUGAGUAGACAUAAUUGUGUGGAUAGACGUUCUAGCCCAGGGGAGGGAUCAUGGUGUUUGGGGUUACUGAGGGAUCCUGGCAGGCAUUUGAGUUGGACUUGUCCAAAUGUCAUACUACAGGGAGCUGGAUGAUGUCAGGGUAGAGCUAUUGCAGAGGGAUAGUGGGUUGGAGGGUGGAGCGACAGUCACAGAUGAAAGCUCCCGAUUUGACAUUUGACACGGGCUUCCAGGGCGGUGAUGUGCACCGCUGGAAGACACUGACAUGCAGGCUGCACCUGACCCAAAGAUCAGUUUACCGUUGAAGAGUCUCAUAGAAGCCCCAGGGGCCACAAACUCUCUGUACUCUGGGGAAGGUUACAGGACCGACAGUUCCUUCAAUUAACCCUGUGGAAUAUGUCUGUUUUUGUUCUGCACCCUGCCUUUACACACCGAGACCUAGCCUGUGUUUUAGUAACACAUUUGAUGAAUUUAUUUUGGACCCUUCUUCCACUUGUUGUGCAUAGGGCAGGAAUGAGUGAGUUGGGCUGCCAGGUUUCAGGUCAUUAGUAGUGAAACAGUAUUGGACUGGGCCGUAGGGGAAUUGGCUGGACCGGCAGCUUAAGUGAGAGGAGCCUUUCGUGAAGUCUGCUCCCCCAGCUGAUCAAUACACAGCACUUUUUAUGCAUUGUUAUGAAAAUAGAGGCCAUCCAUCUUGGAAAGGGGAAAUGAUGAUACAUCAUGGAAAUGGAUAGUUAAAUCAGUGUGAACUGUUCGAAUUGUGUAUGGUUUCAUUCUGGGGUGAGUUAUGAUGGGUUUUGUGGGUGUAAGGAAUAUAGACUGUGGGAACUCAGGGCUGCACAUGUCUCAUUGUUUCUGGGGUGAUAAUGUUGACUGGUGGUGAUAGCUGUAGUGAUAUGUUGACUAGUGGUGAUAGCUGUAGUGAUAACGUUGACUAGUGGUGAUAGCUGUAGUGAUAUGUUGACUAGUGGUGAUAGCUGUAGUGAUAUGUUGACUAGUGGUGAUAGCUGUAGUGAUAUGUUGACUAGUGGUGAUAGCUGUAGUGAUAUGUUGACUGGUGGUGAUAGCUGUAGUGAUAUGUUGACUAGUGGUGAUAGCUGUAGUGAUAUGUUGACUGGUGGUGAUAGCUGUAGUGAUAUGUUGACUAGUGGUGAUAGCUGUAGUGAUAAGGUUGACUAGUGGUGAUAGCUGUAGUGAUAUGUUGACUAGUGGUGAUAGCUGUAGUGAUAUGUUGACUAGUGGUGAUAGCUGUAGUGAUAUGUUGA